AUGGAAAAUUGGGCGACCGCCAUACCGACGGUGAAGUCGGAUCCGCCGUUUUUCUUCACCACUAUCACGCCGUUGGAGUAUGAGCUUCCGAUGAUCGCCGUAAAAGACAUCGGCCAAUCAGCCGCCACCCAGCUCCUGGGCACAGCUCCUCUCCCCGAAAGUCCAUAUAUCUACGAACUGCACGGACCGAGAUCCUACCACUCUCGAGACGUGCAGAAGGCGUUCCAAGAUGCGGUGGGAAAAGAGGUUGAAGUGAAGCCAGUUGAGAAGACAGAUUUAGGUCCGUUCUUUGCGCAGUUCCUGCCGGGUCCGCUUGUGCAGCCGUUUGUGGAGAUGACGCUUUCGUUUCUGGAGGGUGGGAUUGCGUUGCAGAAUCCAGCGGAGGUGCCGAAUGUGCAGCGAGGGAAGACGGAGUUGGGGGAGGUGAUUUGGCGGUUGUAUCGGGGGUGA